ACAACUGUGUAGCGCACCGGCGAGGCUCCCGGGAGAUUGACCACGACUUCGCGAAUUCGAACCAUCAUCACUCAUGGGAAAAAAACGAACAAAACAGGCGGCGAAGAAGCAAGUCGCUCCCCCGGCUCUCGUCGUCGAGGAAGUCGAAGUUCCCCCGGCAGCAGAAGUAGCCAUAGUUCCGGAUGAAGCGGAUGAUCCAGGGAUGUGCCUCAUCAAGAAAAUCGACAACUUCACCGAACGUUGGCUGACACGUCGGAGUUGAAUCAACACCGACGAUGAGGUUUUGGCUCGCGACUUCCUGCCUCUAUUUCUCGCUCCAUAUCUGGGUGGCUACAGCGAGCAAGGACUAUUACUUCUGGAACUACGCGCUCCACCCCUACCAGACGUAUUAUCUGGAGGAUUACUGCGGACCGGUGGAGGGAAUCGACUGCGCUUCCGAAGCCCACACGGUCUAUCUGAACGAAACCGGCAGUGGGAGCGGUCUGGUCAUUCGAGGAUUCAGAGCUGCGAAACCGAGUAUCGAGCGUAGCCUGAGAUGCUGUAUCCAGAUGAAAACGACUACAGAAGGUCGUUUCAAUGUACAACUCGACGAAAUAUACUUGAAGGAACGGAAAAUCGGCGAAAGAUGCGAUAACUACCUCCGGUUCAAGGGUCUCGAGGAGGAACUUCUGCACGUUUGCAGCGAGGUUGAGAAGUACUCCUUCAAGACCGCUAAAAAUGUCUUGGGGAUUGAGUACGUCCUCAAUUCUGACAACGCUCCGAACUUCCAAAAAAUCAAAGUAGUGGUCACAUCCUCCAUCGACGUCGAUCAAAUGCAAAGCGGGCGAUGCAACCCGGACAAAGAACAGUGGCAAUGCGACGAUGGCGGCUGCAUCUGGGACGGUUUCCGAUGCGAUGCUCACAACAACUGCGGAGACUGGAGCGACGAACUCUAUUGCGGGUUCUUCUCCAGAUACUGGACGGUCUUCCUCGGUAUCGCUUGCGGCUUAUUCGUCGCGCUGCUCAUCUGGUGCGUGUGCCGAUGCUGCUGCUGUUGCUGUCCGUGCAAGAGAUCGAGGAUGAACAACGCCAAUAAACCUUUCCUAUACGUCACGACCCUUGGUCCGAACGGGCGGCCUAUGCCUGAGCAGAACCUGUACCCAUCCCUUUCGGUGCCGUAUCAGAACGCUCCGCCAGCUCGGCUCACGCCAUUGAAUCUAGCUGGUGCUCCGCCACCCUACAACGAGAACGCUUUCCUCAGUCCAGCGCAAAAUCCAACCUACGGGACGAGCUCGAAGAGUUGAUCAUCGCGUGAUUCCGUCGGACACAGCUCCGAGAAGACACCCGCAAUUCAUUCCCGUCAUCGACCUCGGCUGAACAUGCCUUCCAGGCCGGAAAACUGUUUUAAUCAAACGAAUUGGAGCUGCCAUGAAUUAUGAUGAGCUCACUGAGACCUAUGACAUAAAGCCGAAUUCCGUC